AUGCCCGAGCUGGACGCGCUCUCCAGGGCCUUGUCCUUCACGACGCCCUCGGUCAAAGUGUCGACCCGGCUGGAAGCCUACUCGUGCAAGCCGAUCCACAAAGACCGCAAGCUGCUCAAGACGCUCGAAGCAGAUCUCAAAUCGGAUCUCGAACUUACCGCUUCGGUCUCUCCGCCGGACCAAGUAGAUGGCGUGUAUGCCUCACCCUUCGGUCCUCUCGACCAACGCCAAUCACGCAAGACGCUCUGGCUCCUCAUCUCUACCCUCAAUCUCGCUUUUCCAGACCACGACUUCAGCAAAGUCAGACCGGAAGAGUUCACGAAAGAGCCAGGUUCCGGGGCGGUGUUGGCAAGUCUGGGCAAUGCGCUAGAUCAUCUCAAGGCACCGGAUAGUCUUGCCCAGCAGCGCUCUUUCUCUGCUUAUCCUCCUGGCGAUCUCGAGACUUUUCAGAGCUUGUUCGGUGCAGGCAGUCGCCCGUCGACGGGUCUCUCGAGUUCAGCGCCUGGCACGCUCGAAAGCAUGCUCAUGGCUCAGCGUCGUGCGUUUACCAACUUCAACCCGGGCGCGCCUCACCAAACGCAACCAACUACUUCAGCAGGAUACGGCUUUUCGUACAAUACGCCCCGUCAAUUUGGUCACGCUGAUCCUCAUCGUGGUAUGUCGCCUAGCGAGAUGGCCCGACAAGAUGCCGUCUUGCUCGAUUCGGCUCAUCCUGCUCUCAAGUCGCUCUUGGAUCCCGUGAUCAAUCUGUCAGAGUGCGAAGUGUUUAGCUACAUGCCAGAUACAGAUUCCGAUCCGCAUGCUUCGGUUUCUGACGAUGAAGAUGCAGAGACGACGUUUGCAGACGAGGAUGAUGAAGAAGACGGGAUGGAGCAGACGUGGGAAAUGGAUGGCUUGCCACGCCCAUUGCAGCCCUUGACGCCAAGAAGAGCUUCGAGAAGGAGUAUGCAGGCCGCGCAGGGCAAUAAUGCCACACCUGCUAAGCUUGGCAGAGGCGACUCUUACCACGAUGCGAGCGGCGGUCUGCUCUGGUCGAGCAAUUUCUUCUGGUAUAACCGAAAGCUAAAGCGAAUCUUGUUCAUUUCCAUCUGGGCCAGGAGAAAUCGACACGGAGGCACAGCGACGCCCCAGACGCCCUCAUCUGCAUCAGAAUCCCACUACACUCAUACGCUCGAUCUGUCCAAUCCGGACUCGAGAGGCAAUACGCCAGCACAAGAUCUCAACAGAUCGAGAGCGACAUCCAGUCCUAUCAUCGUCGGCGCACCCACAAACCCUGCUCCAUCAAGCCAGUCUGCCAACUACUUGCUCGCUCAGAGAGCUCUGAUCGAGAGCAAGAGGCAGAGAACGGAUUCGGCUGCGGGCCUUGAUACGAGCAAGAAGCUCAGAAUUGCCAGUGGUGCUUAG